AAGGAUAAUAGUAUAAUCAAAAGACACUGUGGCAGCUGCUGAGAGAGGAGGGAGGGCUGCUGGAGGCAGGGAGGUAUAAAAGAGACAGUGAGGGAGUGUUUGGAAGCAGAUCGGAGAACAGAGGAGGAGAGAAAUGUGAGAGAGUGACAUAUAGUAAGAAAAAUAAAGGGAAAGCGUAAAAAGAGGACAUUCCUACACAAAGCUCUAAAACGGGAUUGCUCAUUCAUCAAGAAGGGAGGCUCUGCUGCUUGGACUCUCUUUGGAGUUCCUGGUGUGAGACACACGUUAGGAGAGGUGAAAGUUCGAGGGUCGGACAUUGCAGCAGCGUGUGAGAAUGUCGAUGUGGCCACUUCUUUUCACCCUGGGAAUCACCACAGCCACUGUUGUGGGAGUUGCAGCUCAAGGAACAUGGAGAAGAGACAACAGAGAGUCAAGCCCCUCUGUGCACCACUCUGAUGACAACUUCGAGUGGACCACAUGGUUUAAUGUGGAUCACCCUGGAGGCCGUGGAGACUACGAGCAGCUGGACGCUAUCCGCUUCUACUACCGUGCCCGGGUGUGUGCGAAUCCCAGAGCAAUUGAAGCCAGAACCACUGAAUGGGUCUCAGCUCGUGAAACUGGGGAGAAGGUCCAUGCAGACCCCACUGUGGGCUUCUGGUGCCUGAAUGAAGAGCAGGGUCCUGAUCGCAACUGCUCCAACUACGCAGUCCGCUUCCUCUGUCCCAAAGAUACCAGUGUGAACAACCAGGGCACCUGGGGUCCGUGGUCAGACUGGAGCCAAUGCCCCGCCCUCUGUGGUCAGGUGGGGGUCCAGGUGCGCUCCAGAACAUGCAAAUCUCUCUCUCUACCUUGCAGUGGACCUACAUUAGAAGGGAAAGCAUGCAAUGGACCAGAGUGCCCGGAAAUAGAUUGCUCCCUGCAGUGUGUGAUGGGGAGGGUGAAUGCUGAGUGUGAUGCAUGCAUGUGUGAAGAACACAUCCUGCUGGGUUCUGUUCGUGGUGCUGGUGGUCUCACCGCUGAAGGGGCUACCAUCCUUCGUUCUGACAAACUGCUUACCCUCACUGACCACAACGGACAUUUCCGCGUUCCCGGUAUCUGCCCGGAUGGCAACACCACCUUGACUGUGAGCCUGCAGGGUCAUGCCACUUACAACGCUGUUGUGCCCCACAGUUCUGAACGCAUUUCUGUCCUCAGUGUCCAGCUGAAACGAGCAGAGAAGCUUCACGUGUUGAGCAGCCCUGAGAGUAAGGUCAGGAAGGAGGGACAAACUGCCGCGUUCUGCUGCAAAGUGUCAGGAACACCACAACCAAACAAGUAUCAAUGGUUUCAUAACAACAGUCUCCUGGAAAAGCAGUUUGACAGCACGUUGGUCCUGAAAGAUCUGCGACUUGAGCAUAGUGGAGAGUACCACUGCAGAGCAAGUGGUCCAUCUGGGGCUAUUAAGACCAAACCAGCUACACUGAAAGUCUUAGGCAGAAAUCAGCAUUCGUGCAAUCCAAAGCCUGAAUCCCACCUCAUCCGUCUACCACACGAUUGCUACCAAAACAGCACCGACUCCUUUUACUACGAUGUUGGAAAGUGCCCCUCAUCUACAUGUACUGGACAGCUGGACAAUGGCAUCAGGUGCAAAGACAAAGUGUCUUACUGCUGUGGUGUGCAAAAGAUGGAGGAGAGGCAGCUUACAUGCCAGGGCUACCAGCUGCCCACCAUGGUGGUGACUGAGUGUGGCUGUCAGAAAUGUGUCAGCACCAAGGCCAUUGUGUAUGGUAGGGCCAUUGCUGCAGACAAUGGGGAACCAAUGAGGUUUGGCCAUAUCUUCAUGAAUGGAGUCCGAAUCAGCCGCACAGGCUACAAAGGUACAUUCUCUGUCCAGGUUCCUCCAGACACAGAGAGGCUAGUCUUGACUUUUGUGGACAACAUGCAGAAAUUUGUCAACACCACAAAAGUACUUCCAUUCAACAUGAAAGGGGGGUCUGUUUACCAUGAGAUCAAACUUCUACGAAAGAAAGCUCCUGUGACCAUAAGCUCUACAGAACUCAACACUCUGGAGCUUGGGGAGGUGGAGGGUCAAGAGGCAAUGGUCCAAAUCCAGAUUCCACCUAAUUCCUUCUAUACAGAGAGAGGAGAAGUCUUCACGGGUAAUGUAAAUGCUAGCGUGACGUUUCUUGACCCUAGAGAUGUAUCCACAGCUGCUGCAGCUCAAAGCGAUCUCAACUUUGUAGGAGAUGAUGGAGAUACCCUGCCGCUGAGAACCUACGGGAUGUUCUCAGUUGACUUUAGGGGUGAGGAAAACAAUGAGCCCCUGAACGCAGGUGAAGUGAAGGUGUUCCUGGACUCUGCCCAGGUGAAGAUGUCUGAGCACCUUAAUACCAUGAAGCUUUGGUCGCUGAACCCUGAUACUGGCUUGUGGGAGGAAGAAGGAAGUCUGCUGGUGGAGAAGAAAAGAAGAGGAAAAAGGGAGGAGAGAACCUUUUUGAUUGGCAACAUGGAGAUCAGGGAAAGACGACUGUUUAACUUGGACGUCCCAGAGAACCGCAGAUGUUACGUGAAGGUGAGGGCCUUCCGCAGUGAACGCUUCAUGCCUAGUGAGCAGGUAGAGGGAGUCGUUGUGAGUCUUAUAAACAUGGAGCCCACAGCUGGCUACUCCUCUAAUCCACGUGCCUGGGGCCGUUUCGAUAGCGUCGUCACCGGCCCAAAUGGUGCCUGUCUUCCUGCCUUCUGUGAUGAACAAAAAGCUGAUGCCUACUCUGCCUAUGUCAUGGCCAACCUUGGAGGAGAGGAGCUUGAGGCUGUCCCUUCUUCUCCCAAACUCAAUCCCAACCUCAUUGGAGUGCCUCAGCCUUAUCUGGACAAGCUGAAAUACAGGCGGACUGACCACGAGGACCCCAGAGUGAAGAAGACUGCAUUCAGCAUCAAUGUGGCAAAACCAAGUGCCAACACAGCAGAGGAAAGCAAUGGACCUGUGUACACAUUUGAGAACUUGAAAGAAUGUGAGGAGGCCCCGUUUAGUGCGUCACACUUCCGCUUUUCAAGAGUAGAAGGAGACCGCUAUGAUUACAACACAGUGCCAUUCAAUGAAGAUGACCCAAUGAGCUGGACGGAGGACUACCUGAGCUGGUGGCCCAAGCCCAUGGAAUACCGGGCCUGCUACAUUAAAGUCAAAGUCAACAGCCCACAUGAGAUCAAUGUGCGGUCCCGCAACAUGGGUGGCACCCACCCGAAGACAGUAGGCCAGCUGUAUGGUCUCCGAGACACUCGAAGUAUCCGUGACAUGGACCAGGCAGCUGUUUCAGCUGUGUGCCUUGAAUUCAAGUGCAGUGGGAUGUUGUAUGACCAAGAACGUGUAGAUCGUACCCUUGUGAAAGUGAUUCCACAAGGAAGCUGUAAGAGAGAUCAUGUCAACACAAUGCUUCAGGAGUAUCUUGUCAACCACCUACCUCUAGCAGUCAACAAUGACACCAAUGAGUUCACCAUGCUGGCGCCUCUUGACCCUCUGGGCCAUAACUACGGUAUUUACACAGUAACAGACCAAGAUCCUCGAACAGCCAAAGAGAUUGCACUUGGACGAUGCUUUGAUGGCACUUCUGAUGGUACAUCUCGUGUCAUGAAGAGCAACGAGGGCAUUGCGCUGACGUUCACCUGUGGAGAUCGUGAGGUGACACGCCAGAGUGUCUUCCAGGCCCUUCAGAACCCUCAAGGUCAGACACUGACAAGUGUGGUGAGAGGGGAUGGGAGACAGAACCGACGGCGCCAGAGGGCCAAUGUGCCUCGCAGCAGUCGUAGACGUAGCACCAGGAAUCCUACAGGAAGACGAGCUGUCGCCAGUUAAACAACACUGAAUAUCACAGCUCCACAUGAGAACAAAGUCAACACUUGCAAUGUAGAUGGGAGUGGAUAGCAUUAACCUUGUUUUGAUAUGUUUUAUAUUGACUUUUUUCAAAUUAUUUGAAUAUGUAACUAAAUAACGCUAGGCCAAUUUCUUGCAGUUUCUUCCCAAGGAACAUUUUCAAUGAUUUUUGUCUUAUUUUACAUUUUCGUACUGUGGUCAAUAUUUACUUGAAUCUGUAAAUAGAGUAUUUAUUACACAUGCCUUAAAAAUAAGUAAUCAGUGAUCUGGGUGCUGUGUCAUCACAUUAAAGUCUAUCACUGAUGUUGUAAACAGGUAAAGAAACAACAUAUACUUUUGACCAGUGAUUUAUUAAAUUAGAUGCUUAUAAAACACUGCAGAUGCUGUAUCUUCCACACUGUAUGUAUCCAAUUGUCCAUGUAAAAUUGAAACUGGUCAAUUGCUAGAAAAGAAAAGGAGAAACAGCCCCUUUCAACUAACUGUAGCCAAUAUGAAGACAUGGUGGGGUGAAGCCCAUAAGCCCCCGCUCCUCAUCACACUUGAUACAAGCCUGCAGAAGCAAUGAUUAGGAGACCAGUCAUAGCAAGUCAGUCCACUUGCCUGAUCCAUACUUUUUCAGCAUUAGUAGAAAUCAAAUUAGUAAAUUACAUGUUUUGUCAUGCACAAAAAAUACCUAUAAGCACUCUUUGCUCCAUAUUUUCAAGGAUAUUCCAGAGAUGUUUCAAGAGAAUGGCUGUGAGGUUUUAAAGUCACAAUUAUACUUGUCGAUCCCUUUAACCUUAACAGUGAAUGUCAUGUGCUCUCUCUGAAAAAGUACAACUACUACUUACAUGUUGCGUCAGUCUUAAAUCACCCACAAUGCAACCUUUCUUAAGAUAAAGAUGAAUAUUGUAUUGAAUAAUUGUUCUGAAUUUGGCAACCAAAGUUAUAGAUACUAUAUACUUUCCUGUAAGAACCAUCCACAGGUAAGCGAUACCUAUAAUAUAUACAUGACAUUCUGGGUAUAGAAUUUGCAUAGAACCUUUUGUUUCUAUGUCACUACACUUAUAACUGCAAUACUGUAUCUGCCAUUUUGACAGGAGCAACAUUUAAUAAAAAAUGAGCCCGCAAAACUCAGAUCACAGCAGUUAUGAUGUUUUCUCCACUGAAGCUGGGUCAACCAACAGAUACUACAUGAUCAUUUGUGUGUGAGUCGAGGCUGAAUGAGACAGAGUAAAGGCAAUUCCAUAUUUAUGAACAUAAAGAGAUGGUGAAACCGGAUGCUUCAUGGUAUA